AUGCUUCUCCCACGCCGCCAAUUAACGCUUGCAUUAUUAAAACCGGAUCUUUGUGCAAAUCCAAAUACAAUUUCAAAAAUCAUUUCACGAAUCACAGCGACCAAUCAGCAUAACAAUUUCGAAAUAAUUCGACAACGCGAGAUAUUGUGGCGGCAACAAGAUGCCGAGGCGUUUUACGCUGAACAUCGAGGCCGAUUCUUUUUUGAACGAUUGUGUGGGUAUAUGACUAGUGGCCCUUUCAUGGCUCUCGUACUCGCUCGUCAAGACGCAAUUAAAGAAUGGAGAGCACUCAUUGGACCAACUCACCCAUGGAGAGCUCGAAUUAAUGCGCCAAAUACACUAAGGUCACUUUACGGUCUAACAGACACUCGAAACUCAUUUCAUGGUUCAGAUUCCGACGAAACAGCAAAACGCGAAAUAGAAUUUUUUUUCCCGGAACUAGAUGUUGACGCAUGGCGACGGCAAGAAGAAAAAUAA